CAUUGGUCGUCGCAUAUCGUCUCCUAUAGAUCGCGUGGGUUGCGCUCUCCCCAAGAUUUGAGGCUGGCCACGUUCUAUCAUGCCACCAACAUUCUCGCUCAAAAUGAAUUCCCUGACAGUUCAAAUAGACACGGUCCGUCCUUCAUAUAUGCCGUGGUUUUCCCUUUCGCAGAGCAUUCGGUCCCGGUAGAAGCUCAACUCCUCUGCUGUCUGGCAUUUCCGGCACCCAUCUUUGAGAUUAUCUCGGCUAGAAGUAGCCUAAACACCAUGUCCAUGACCAUGUCAACAGUCACGAGCACCGCAGCUGCCGCAUCGGCCACCUCAUCGGCAAUGAGCAUGAGUAUGGGUGGAAGUUCGUCCUGUAAGAUUUCGAUGCUUUGGAAUUGGACGACAAUCGAUGCGUGCUUCCUUUCGCGAAGCUGGCACAUUACCAGCAAGGGCAUGUUCGCCGCAUCAUGCAUUGGUGUGGUAUUCCUCGUGAUCAGUCUGGAAUUCUUGCGGCGAAUUAGUAAAGAGUACGACCUAUUAAUUCUGCGUCAAUUUCAACACAAAAUUGCUGCUCAAGAUACAAGCAAGGGUCCAAACUGCUCGGCUUCGUGUCAGACAGGAUCUCAACUCGUCAUGUUUCGAGCUUCGCCACUUCAACAACUGAUUCGAGCAGUGAUACAUGCCGUCACCUUUGGCGUCGCAUACAUCAUCAUGCUCUUAGCCAUGUAUUACAAUGGUUACCUUAUUAUCUGUAUCUUUAUUGGCGCCGGGCUGGGAAAGUUCCUUUGUGAUUGGCCAGCACAGAGGGUACCAGCCGUGGGCUUGGUCGAGGCCCGAAGAGAUCAUACGGUGGAAGAGCCGACGGUGUGCUGUGGCUAGGUUGUCAUGGCACUGAUGAGAUGAAGGAAGAUGCCGGUUGAAGCGAAUAAAAGAGGACGAUGGAGGCGGUCGGUAGAACUCCGGCAACACAGUGCAGGCGUGAGCGUCUGGCGAGCUGGGUGUCCAUGAGGAAUACUCAAUCAUAGAGCCGUCACGAGCUUUGUACUGCAGGCUAACAUUGAUUAUGCUAAGGGCCUGAUGCUGACUGGCAUCGAGGAGGCCAUACGCUGAUGAUCACUUGGAGCCUUCUCUCUUCUCCACUCAGCGGGAUACUAGAAUCACUCGAGGACAGAUUGUACUUCAAGGGCCAUAGCAAAUCCAUAUCAUGCCGACCUAGAAGAGGAUCUUUUGGAUAGCAUAUUUCAGAUAAAUAAUGGGUAUCACAUUCAGUAUUC